AUGCAAGGCAACACCAAAUCCCUUUGGAUAUUCACGGCGAUUUCAACAUCAAGCCUAGCUCUUCCCUUAUCAGACGACAAUGACCUCAAAAAUCAACAGACACCAACCAAGAGAAACGUCCACAGAUAUUGCCUUGAUUCAACUUCCGCCACAGACGCAGUCGUAUCGGGCUCGGACCGGCACAUACGGACUCACCCAAGCCUCCAGGCGUCGCCGCUGCGAGACAACAUCUACGACAUACUCCAGGAGCCCAAAGCUAAAGCCCAACAAACAACACCCUUUCCAAGACAACCUGACUAUCCAGCAGAGACCACAGAAGCCCCGCGUAGGGAGCCAAUAUCACUCCGAUCAUGUCCGGGGCCUCUGUUGACCCCCUCUUCACCUGACUCUGAGCUACGCUUUCCAAACUCACCUGUAACCCUGCGACCCGAUUCACCGUGGUGA